UUAAUAUGAUAAGAAUACUCUCUGCCCAUUCACUGUAUAGGCCACGUCAUGGUGCUUAAUCAGGAUAAGAGCAUUAACCUCUUUAUGCUCAGCUCUCACUGCGGUCCCAGCAGCACCAUGGUGGUGGAAGAUGAGUCUCUACAGUUACAACCAGUGUUUUCAGUCUCUGACAGUGCUGUGUCUGAGGUGUUUGAAGGAGGAUGCCACUUAUCCUUCCUGUGCUGUUUAUUUCUGGCCUGUUUGUAUGUUGGGAGUCUGUAUGUAUGGCCGGCCAACUUACCCAGGGAUCACCCCAAAACGAUAAAGAAACGCUUCAUUAGUGUGCUUUUUGCAUCUGCUGUUUCACCACUGGUUGUGUGGGCGUGGAUGCAGGCUGAGAAAGUGAAGCCGAGCCCUCCUGUGUUGUCCCUGCUGGGGAUUCGUAUAGAGGGUGCAGUGCCUGCUGCUGUGCUGCCUCUGAUUCUUACCAUGGUGCUUUAUCUUGGACCUUUGACUCAGAUGGCCCUGGACAGCCCAAAGGGACUGGUACAUGAGAUUAAAUCAGGCUUGGGCAUGAAGAAUGUGACUGACUGUGUGAGGGGUUUGCAGUGGCUGAGAAACCAUGUUGUGGCACCUCUGACAGAAGAGUUGGUGUUUCGGGCUUGCAUGCUGCCGAUACUGGUGCCAUGUACUGGUCCCACAGCUGCUAUCUUCAUUGCUCCUCUCUUCUUCGGCGUAGCCCACUUCCACCAUGUCACUGAGCGGCUUCGCUUUGGGAGUGACAGCGUGUUUGACAUCCUGGUUUGUGCAGUCUUUCAGUUCAGCUACACCUCAGUGUUUGGAGCCUACACUGCCUUCAUUUUCAUCAGAACAGGUCAUCUGGUGGGGCCAGUGCUGUGCCACUCUUUCUGUAACUGGAUGGGUUUUCCUGCACUGGGCUCAGCCCUGCAGCAUCCACAAAGGCCAGCGCUCCUUCUCUCCUAUGAGCUCGGCCUUCUGCUCUUCGCCUUCCUUCUUUUCCCCCUCACUGACCCACUGUUUUAUGGCAUGACGCCCGUCUGUAGUUUAAUUCUGGAGCCUCGUUCAGUUUGCACCUGAAUCAUAUAGUAAUCAGUGUGUGUAUUCAAUUACUUUCAUUACUAUCAUUCCUUAUUUAUCAAUGGGCCCAUUCUUUUUUCCUGCAUUAGGACCUGAACUGCACUGACACAGUCUCUUUAUGGAGCAUUUUCCUGGCUUUUAACAGGGAAAUCUGAAGAUGAGAAGAGCUAGGAAAAUUUCUGGGAGCAGGAAAAAGGAGGAAUCUCUGGAGGAAUUAAAUAUUUAACUCAUACAGCCAACAGUUUAAGUUUAAGGAAUGCUAAAGAAACACAUUUUUCUCCAUACACGUUUAAACUAUGCCCACAGUUUUUAGAAUACUUGCAGAAUGAAAGACUUACAUUUAUUUAUUGUCCUUCAAGGAUAUGACUCUUUAAACCUCACAGACGUCUCAGAGUUUUCAGUGCUGUACCAUUUUCUGCCCCAUGGUGGUGCUGAAGCCCACUGUCAACUUUUAACAUUUUUCAGCCACAAUUUUCCAUCUGUCAGUUUUAUGACAUAUGGAGUGCAAAGUGUCUUAUUCUUUGUGUUGGUUUUAGCAGAACUGUGUAGGGUCUGCGCAGGAUCGCAUGCAAUAGUACAGUAGUCACUGGUCAGAUUGAUACCAGAUGUUAAUGUAUUUCACAGAAGUUCCACUUCAGGCCACUGAGGAGCCUACACACAGCUCUGGUUACCUGCAUUGGGAAUAUACUCUAGAUAGGUAGCUUUUUUCCUGUGUUUUUUUUCUGCAUUAAUGAUUUAUUUAAAUACCAAUACUGGACCACCCUAGACAUUGUAUAUGCAUUUGAUUUACCUUUGAUAUUAUCUUAAUUUAAUUUAAAGUGUUUUGUGUUUUUUUCUGGUUCUGUUGCAAGACAAAAAAAAUAUUCAAGAUUCAAGAUUUAAAGAGUUUUUUGUCUUGCACAGUAAGAAACAAGUUUCCUCGUGCAUUGUGUCAAGAUUUAAUAAUAAAUGGACCAAUAGAAAUGCUCAAAAAUGACUUAAAAAAUCCCAAUAUUUAACUAAAUUUGGAAUACAUAUAAUUAUAUAACAUAGUAUCUCUACUUUUUAGUUUACUACAUAAUUAAUCAUUUAAACACACAAAGUGCCCUAUUCUUGAUAAACAGACCAAUAGAAAUGCUAAAAAAUGACAUAAAAUAAACUGUAAUCUUAACAAAUGAACUUACUGUUUUGAAGAUACAUGUUUUUAAUUAGAUACAAAUAAUAUUCAUCUUUGGUCUGGAGCAUACAUGUGCAUUUCUUCCAAAAAAAGAUAUAAAAUCUUGUGUGUUAUUGCAUCCCUAUUGCCAACGCUGAGUUCAGAGAUGUUUCUGUAUAAGGUUAACAUUAGGCUUGAGAUUUGCACAAUAAAUUUUAAAUUGCCAAUUGAAAAAUUCAAUUUUUUUGAGUGGAAAAGAGAUCACAUUUUUAUCUUAGGCAUGUGCAUUUGUCCUUGACACAUUGGGCAUGUACAGUUGACCUUGAUAUUUCUGAUUCCUGAAAAAAAUUGGAGGUUCUCUGUCCAUCUUUGCUUCUCAUGUA